AUGGACGUAACUAUGAGGGGUCCCUGCGAGAAGUCUGGGGAGAGUGAAGAGCAGGAGAAAGAGGUGGCAGCAGAGGCUACGGCAGCUGGGCGCUCUGCAGGGGUCCCGGAGGCUGAGGAUUCAGACACAGAUUCGGACUCUAACCUGGAGACAGAAGGCACCCAAGAGCUCAGAGAACCGGUCAAGGAUACCCUCUACCUGAGGUCUUGCCGGGCCCACGGUGUUGUGCCCGUUUCCCGCUUUCUGCGCCAAGGGAGAGCCCCAGAGCUGAACCUGCGGCACCGUGGCCUGGGGCCCCAGGGGGCCCGGGCUCUGGCUCCUGCGCUAUCCUCCAAUCCCUACGUCAAGCGGCUGGACCUUCGGGACAACGAGCUCUGUGGGGCCGGCGCAAAGGCCCUGGCGCAUGCUCUGAGCAAAAGCAGCAGCAUCUGUGAUGUGGACCUGUCAGAGAACCAGCUGGGAGCGGUGGGAGCCCAGGCCGUCUGCGCUGCCCUCAUGGCAAACCCCACCAUACAGAAGGUACAGCUGGCAGGGAACAGCCUGGAGGAGCAGGCAGCCCGGUACCUUGCUGAACUGCUGGCCCACACAGGCCUGAAGUCCCUGGACCUGAGCUAUAACCAGCUAAAUGACCAAGCAGGAGAGACGCUUGGACCAGCCCUGGCAGAAAACACAGGACUCACUGAGCUUAACAUAAGCUGGAAUCAUCUUCGAGGCCCAGGAGCGGUCUCCUUUGCCAGAGGACUGGGGGCGAACAUCUUCCUGAGAGUCCUGGACAUCUCAUACAAUGGCUUUGGAGACCCUGGAGCCUCCGCAGUGGGUGAGGCACUUCGGACCAACAAUGUGUUGGAGGAACUCAACAUGAGCAACAACCGCAUCUCUGCGGUGGGAGCCCGGAGCCUGGGCCUGGGCCUCCGGGUCAACAAGACACUGAGGAUUCUUGCUAUGUCCAGGAAUCCCAUGCGAAGUGAAGGCUGCUUGGGUGUCCUCAAGUCUGUCCGGGAUAAUCCAGUGUCUGCCCUGGAACUGCUGGAUUUCUCUGAUAUCCAGGUGAACAGAGAGUUUGAUGACCUCGCUAGCUCAGUGAAGGUAACUCUUCCAGGACUUUGCAUAAAGACUGAUGCUGGCAGAGUGGAGUACAAAAAAGAGUUACUGGCGGUCUUGAGACCAUCCCUACCAGCGUCUGCCCCUAAAUGACUGUGGAGUGUAGCCUCACAAUGUGUUCUUAUUAUCUUGGUCUGCAUUGAAUCACCAUGACAACCAGGUGGUCUCAUGGAGCCAAUCUUCACGCUGACUCAAGACACCUGCAUCCUCCUUUCCAUCCCAACCACUGCACUCAUCUGGGCCUUCCUUUGUUCUCUCAUUCCUGUUACACAAAGUUGUACCAUGUGUUGCACGCUGAGCUGGGCAUGGGGUCAAAACUGCCUACACAAGUCUCUGCUCUGGUGAUUUACCUUGGAAGACAAUUAAAAUAGAAGACGGUGUGCAACUGGCAUUCCCAAACUCAACUUGCCAUGAUGCAAACUGUCACAGCUUUUUUGGAAGGCAAUUUAUCAGUAGGCACCGAGAGCCUUAAAACUGCCUGUGUCCUUUGAUCCAGUGGUCUGA